UCGUCAACGUCACAUCAAGGGUAAAGAGACAAGAGAUCAGGAUUAAGGAAAACUGAAGUAAAUAGUGACAUUUGACUACUUUUGAAAUUGUACAAAAUUAACAGAGGCAACGACGAUCAAUAUCUUGUUACGAUUUAACCAUGGAUUACUAGAAAAACAGUGAUUUAUAACUAUUGAAAGGGAACACAUAUAUCAAGAUGGCGAAUAAGAACAAAGAGCAGUUCUCAUGUGAGAUGUACAGCGACAAAUUCUUCAUGCUGUGUGCGGCCGGCGGCGCCUGCGCUUGUGGCAGCACACACACCUUCGUCACUCCGCUGGAUGUAGUCAAAUGUCGCUUGCAAAUAGACCCUAAAAAGUACAAGUCCAUAUUUAACGGUUUUCGCGUCUCCUUGUCAGAAGGCGGCAUGGCAAAUCUAGUCAAAGGCUGGGCACCUACCCUCUUGGGUUAUUCCCUUCAAGGCUCCAUAAAAUUCUCAGGAUACGAGUACUUCAAAUACAAAUUCGCAAAAAUGUGUGACGAAGAAACAGCUUAUUUAUACCGCACUUAUUUAUUUUUGGCUGCGUCUGCUUCUGCGGAAGUACUUGCAGAUAUCGGUUUGGCUCCUUUCGAAGCCACAAAGGUGAGGAUGCAGACGACGCCGGGAUAUACAUCCAAAAUGCGAGAAGCCAUGCCUCACAUGAUGAAGACUGAAGGUUUUGGAGUUUUCUAUAAAGGUUUAACGCCAUUAUGGGGUCGUCAAGUGCCGUAUACAAUGAUGAAGUUUUCCUCUUUCGAGAAAACGCUGGAGUAUUUGUAUGCUAAUGUGGUGCCAAAGCCAAGAGAACAGUGCACGAAGUUUGAGCAGCUUGUUUUGACGUUUACGGCGGGGUAUAUAGCCGGGGUGCUGUGCGCGAUCGUGUCGCAUCCCUCUGACACAAUCGUGUCCAAACUGAACAAGGAUCCGAGUGCUUCCAUCGGUGGGAUUUUGUCAGAGGCAGGAAUGUUCGGGAUCUGGCGCGGACUGGUGGCGCGUAUCAUCAUGAUAGGGACCCUCACAGGCCUGCAAUGGUUCGUGUACGACGCCUUCAAAGUCUACACGGGCAUGCCCCGCCCUCCCCCGGCGCCCAUGCCAGAAUCUCUCAGAAAGAAAAUGGCCGCUCAAAAAAAAUAGUAUCGUAUUUGUGUUACGUAUUCCCUUUAUUUGUCUUUGUCUUUUGUAAUAUAAAAUUGUAUUGUAUUCA